UCCAACUUACACAGAAUCAUUCUCAUUAACACCAUAAUUUCUUGAGAGAAAAUGUCUAGCAUGCAGCAACCCUUGAAUGCAGGCCAAGCCCAAGGCCAGGGCCAGGCUAAGGCAGAAGAGUGGAUGCAAUCCACACAGGACACAGCAAAUCAAGCUAGGAACGUGACAUCUGAUGCAGCUCAAUCAGCCAAGGAGUCUGCCCAGCAUGGAAAGGACCAAAGUGCUGGAUUUAUUCAGCAGACUGGAGAGCAAGUGAUGAACAUGGCUCAUGGUGCCAUGGACAGUGUGAAGAGCACACUUGGCAUGAAUGAAAAGAAAUAAACAAACAUGCCAUCUUCCUCUUAUGAUGUGUGAAGUGGUGUUAGCAGCUACUUUGAUGGAUUUAGGGUCUUUUUAGAAUCAUUUUGCUCUUUCCUUAAUCAUUAGGGACAAGAAAAUUUGUCCGUCAGUUGUAAUAAACGCUACAGAUCUUUAAUUUGUUUUCCUUCCAAAUCACAGCUUAUGUAAUAAAACCACACCAAAUGCAAUGCAAUGCAUUGCAUUGCAAACAAGUUGGUUUCCUUCACCUUUAUUAAUAUACUUUCUUUUUACUGUUAUC